CUCUAACCCAGGCUGAGAGUAGCUGCUGUUUCUGGGAGGACGAUUCGUGAGGAGGCCCUUGGCGCGGUUUUCCUUUUCUCUCCCUUCUGCGGGCCCUGGCGUACUUCAGCUGUGCCUAGAGCGUGGUGUGUUUUCGUCUACCUGCCCGACUUUCUGCAGAAGGUGCCUUUCGUUGGCCCAAUAGUUCCUUGUCGAAAGUGCCGGCCCCCGUGCCGGCACCGGCCGUAGCCGGGUGGGAAGGCUCAAGAUGGCGUGCCUGUUGGAGACCCCAAUCCGCAUGAGCGUCCUCUCGGAAGUAACAGCUAGCAGUCGCCACUAUGUUGACAGGCUAUUUGACCCUGAUCCCCAGAAAGUUCUACAAGGUGUCAUAGACAUGAAAAAUGCUGUAAUUGGAAACAACAAGCAGAAAGCCAAUCUCAUUGUUUUAGGAGCUGUUCCAAGAUUGUUGUACUUGCUUCAGCAAGAAACCUCAAGUACAGAGCUGAAAACUGAAUGUGCAGUGGUAUUGGGAAGUCUUGCUAUGGGUACUGAAAACAAUGUCAAGUCUCUUUUAGAUUGCCAUAUUAUCCCUGCCUUACUGCAAGGACUACUAUCUCCAGACCUGAAGUUCAUUGAAGCUUGCCUCCGAUGCCUGCGCACCAUCUUCACCAGUCCCGUCACUCCAGAGGAGCUACUAUAUACAGAUGCCACAGUGAUACCACAUCUCAUGGCGCUACUUAGCAGGUCCCGCUACACCCAGGAGUACAUCUGUCAGAUCUUCUCACACUGCUGUAAAGGUCCAGAUCAUCAAACAAUUUUAUUUAACCAUGGUGCAGUUCAGAAUAUUGCUCACCUACUAACCUCAGUAUCUUACAAAGUUCGAAUGCAAGCACUGAAAUGCUUCUCAGUUUUAGCUUUUGAAAACCCCCAGGUAUCGAUGACCCUGGUAAAUGUUUUGGUUGAUGGAGAAUUGUUACCACAAAUUUUUGUGAAGAUGUUACAGAGGGAUAAGCCUAUUGAGAUGCAGCUGACGUCAGCAAAAUGUUUAACUUACAUGUGUAGAGCUGGAGCAAUUCGGACAGAUGACAACUGUAUUGUAUUAAAGACACUGCCUUGUUUGGUUCGAAUGUGCAGUAAGGAGAGAUUACUAGAAGAGAGAGUUGAAGGAGCUGAGACACUCGCCUAUCUGAUUGAACCAGAUGUUGAGCUACAGAGAAUCGCUAGCAUAACUGAUCACCUCAUUGCCAUGCUUGCUGAUUAUUUCAAGUAUCCCAGCUCAGUGAGUGCCAUCACUGAUAUUAAAAGGCUUGAUCAUGACUUAAAACACGCUCAUGAACUCCGCCAGGCUGCAUUCAAGCUCUAUGCCUCUCUAGGAGCAAAUGAUGAAGACAUCCGGAAGAAGAUCAUUGAGACUGAAAAUAUGAUGGACCGAAUUGUGACUGGCUUGUCUGAGUCUAGUGUCAAGGUGCGGUUAGCUGCCGUCAGAUGUUUGCACAGUUUAUCUAGAUCUGUGCAGCAGCUUCGAACCAGUUUCCAGGAUCAUGCUGUGUGGAAACCUUUAAUGAAGGUUUUACAAAAUGCACCAGAUGAAAUCCUAGUAGUAGCAUCUUCCAUGCUAUGUAAUCUUCUUCUUGAAUUUUCUCCAAGCAAAGAGCCAAUUUUAGAAUCUGGAGCUGUAGAACUACUUUGUGGAUUAACGCAAAGUGAAAAUCCCGCUUUGCGAGUGAAUGGAAUUUGGGCUUUAAUGAAUAUGGCAUUUCAGGCUGAACAAAAAAUAAAAGCAGAUAUUUUACGAAGCUUGAGUACUGAACAGCUAUUCCGGUUAUUAUCAGAUUCAGAUUUGAAUGUGCUGAUGAAAACAUUGGGACUUCUUAGAAAUCUCCUCUCUACUCGGCCUCAUAUAGAUAAAAUAAUGAGUACUCAUGGAAAGCAAAUUAUGCAAGCCGUCACCCUUAUUCUGGAAGGGGAGCAUAACAUUGAGGUCAAAGAGCAGACACUGUGCAUCUUAGCCAACAUAGCAGAUGGGACAACAGCAAAAGAACUUAUUAUGACCAAUGAUGACAUCCUGCAGAAAAUCAAGUAUUACAUGGGUCAUUCACAUGUGAAACUGCAGCUGGCCGCUAUGUUUUGUAUAUCAAACCUCAUAUGGAAUGAAGAGGAAGGUUCACAAGAACGCCAGGAUAAGUUACGAGACAUGGGCAUCGUAGAUAUUCUACACAAACUGAGUCAGUCACCAGAUUCAAACCUUUGUGACAAGGCAAAAAUGGCACUGCAGCAGUACCUGGCGUGAUGGGAGCGCCCCGGGCACCUGCAAGCAUCCCCCGUCCUUGUUCAAGGAAGUACAGGAACUAGCCUCAUUUGAUUCCUUCUAUUUGCACAAGUCACCUUGGACUGCAGGGAGCUGUUUUGCAAAAGCAAUUUGGUAGGCUUAGAUCUCAAAUUCAUCUUGAGAACAUUUUUUUGAGGUAGUAAUUUCCUCAGAGGACUAUUGUGUUUUGUUUUUUUUUCUGAGCUACCUGGACUCUUUAUUAGAACAAUCAAUCAUUUUCCUUUGGACCUACAAUUUUUUGCCUAUGCUGCAGCCACUUUGUGAGUGAGAAUGAAUGUGUCUCAGCACACAUAGGUGUGUGUGUGUGUGUGUGUGUGCACGUGGGUCAGAAUGAAUGGAUGUGUGUGUGUGAGGGAUACCUCAAAUUUUUCUUUUCUUAUUUUGUGUGAAAAUCUCUUUUCUACAGAUUUUCCAGGGUUUAAGCAUUGCUUGCUGUAUAAAAAACUUUACUGAAUUAUAUACAGUUUGAAUGAAAUGUUAUUUUAAAAACAAAACAAUUGUUAAGUGUUCCAUAAAGGUUAUGUUGAAUUUUGGUCAGAUGAAUAUUUGUAAGUAAAAAAUAUAUGCAUUUCUGAACCUCAA